CGGUCUGGUUGCUUCCUUUUACGGCUUCUCAGCGUUUUCCUUUCCGGAUGAAGCGCCUUUUUGUGCCCAGCUGAACGCCGACAACCGUCGACUUUCGCCGGAAAAACCAACCGCGCGUGUCUCUCCUGCGAACGCUUGUUCUUGACGCGAGUGCUGAGAGGCUGGUCUUGUGGCACCAAGCGCGGACGCCGUGCUUUCGCUCUCCUGUCAGAAACAGAGAAACAGACACUUCCAGAAUCUCGUAGGAUUCUGGCAUCCAAACUCUCUUUUUGAAUGGGGUCGUGAGUUUUUUUUUCGGUGUCUGUCAACGGCACGCGCGGCAACGUGACUUGUUCUAGGCCCUCCAUACAUCCUUCCUCCCUUGCUUUUACGGACGGCGAAAACCCAGAGGUUUUGCGUCUUCAAAAACAAGAUUGACGGAAUAUCAGUCCUGCACCAUCAGCUUUUUUUCACCAUGGAAAAAAUGGAGGGGCGAAAGUCUUUUCGCGUUCUGGGCACCCCGCUGCCCGUCGCCGCGCUCGCGGCAAUCCUUCUUCUCGGGUGUAUGUACACACGAGCCGCAGGCACCCCGGACGACUCGUUGUUUCCGCUUUCUGAAGACACAUCCGUGGAUCCUCGCGAGUCCUUCAGCGCGGAGGACGUCCUGAACGCGUUUGUUUCUCCAGAGUCCGUGGAGUCGUUGUUUGCCAGCAUCGUUGCAGAGCAGGUAGUCGCUACCUCCGGCAACCUGACAGAAAGCGCGCCGCGGGACCGCGAUUCCGCGCCAGAGCGACGAUCCGACGGAGGCACUUUGCGUGGUCACCCAGAAGAUGCAGGGGAACUGCUCCGCCUCCUGCUGGCUGACAGCGAAGACAUGGAGCUGUGGAAGGCGAAUUUCUUUCGGCACCUCACCCACAGCAUGCGUCACAUCGUGCGAGAUUCGGUUCUCGUCUCCGAGAAAGCUUUUCCGUCAGAGCAGGCGGACGAAGCGGGCCGGGACCCCGGCGACCUGAAGAAGGCGCUGAAAGAGACUGGCGAAGACGUCUUCUGGGAAAGUCGCCCCGCCAGCUCGAAUGCGGCCGUCGCACUCAUCAAAAGAAAGAUGGAAAAACAAGCAGGAAAAACAGGAGAAGGUGCUGGACACACAUGGGAGCCGGAGGUCUCCCUUCGCUUCAGGUACUUGAGUUUGAAGGACGCGAAGAAACUCAUGGGGACCUUCCUCGUCAACACCAAAGUCGAGGGGUUCCCGACUCCCAAAGGCAUGCCGCUUCCCGCGAAAGAGUUCGAAAACGCAACAGAGCCGGUACCUGCUCACUUCGAUGCCCGGACCGCCUUCCCUGCAUGCAAAGACGUCGUCGGACAUGUCAGAGACCAGGGCGACUGCGGAUCCUGCUGGGCCUUCGCCAGCACAGAAGCCUUCAACGACCGCCUCUGCAUUCGCAGCCAAGGCAAAGGACUCAUGCCCCUGUCUGCUCAACAUACGACGUCGUGUUGCAACGCGAUUCACUGCGCUUCCUUCGGUUGCAACGGCGGGCAGCCGGGCAUGGCGUGGAGAUGGUUCGAACGCAAAGGCGUCGUCACUGGAGGCGAUUUCGACGCUCUCGGCAAAGGAACGACUUGCUGGCCAUACGAAGUACCCUUCUGUGCUCAUCAUGCGAAAGCACCCUUCCCCGACUGUGACGCGACCCUCGUACCUCGAAAGACUCCCAAGUGUCGAAAAGACUGCGAAGAACAAGCCUAUGCAGACAACGUCCAUCCCUUUGAUCAGGACACACACAAAGCGACCUCUGCGUAUUCACUCCGGUCUCGCGACGACGUCAAGAGAGAUAUGAUGACUCAUGGACCUGUGUCGGGGGCCUUCAUGGUCUACGAAGAUUUUCUCAGCUACAAAUCCGGUGUUUACAAGCACGUCUCUGGCCUCCCUGUUGGUGGACACGCAAUCAAAAUCAUCGGGUGGGGCACUGAAAACGGCGAGGAGUACUGGCAUGCCGUGAACAGCUGGAAUACGUACUGGGGAGACGGUGGCCAGUUCAAAAUUGCGAUGGGGCAGUGUGGCAUCGACGGCGAGAUGGUGGCUGGCGAGGCUGCGUGGCAGGAGACCGAAGGCGUGGUGAACGGCGAGGAGGAGCUCCCGGGCCAGCAUGCAUCUGGCGCGAGGGUCGGCGCGCAUGCAGAGGAGGAGAGAGAAAUGUAGUGGUUUUUCCAUUGACGAAAAGACUUCCUGUUUGCGGAAAGAGGCGGCUCGAGCACGUGGGGGUGGCGGUCUGUUUCUAAGAAAAGUACCGGACCUGCGCGGUGCGUUUUACAUGCAAAUUCCUGUGGGGGUACGUCCAAGCGUGGCGUAGCCUUGGAUGACCUAAAUGCUGCCUCAGAGCGUUUCUACCAAUUCCGUACCGGCGACCUCAUGAUCUUUGUCUAAAAUCUUGAUGCAGGUUUGUGUUUGCUGAAUGGGCUUCAAGUGCGUGUGUUUGAUUAUGACGAUCGAAUCAUCCGAGGCAGGUUUCAGCGAUUUGCUAGCUGGACGUUGGUUUCUCUGGCGGUGCCGGUACCAUUCGCGAUUCUGUUUGUUUUACACCGGGUACGCGAGAGCACAUGGAGAAGGAGGUACAGUGGGUUUGCUUCUUGGCAGUGUAACUCGUUUGCGCUGAGGACGCACAAGAGAGAACAUGAGAACACUGCGAGCGCGUGGUUUGGUGGACAACCCAGUUGGCUUCUCGAAUAUGCAGUGUUUGUGUUUUUACCGGGAGUGUAGCGGUCGGGGCUGAUGACGCGACGUGGGAAUACAGCGACGAUGGCUUCUUUUCCUGUUGUGUGGAGGAGCUACCAUCAUUAAGGUCCUACUCAGCUCCUCGACAGAAUAAUCUCAACACACUGACUCUUGACACAGUGCCGACGUUCCUCUAAAAGCGAUCCUGAGGGCGAAAACGAUGCGUGGCCACAACAGUAGCGGGAAAUAGUCCAGCUGUGGUGGCUGCCGCCAGGGUGUUGUGUCUUUUUCGGGGUCCUGAGGUCCUUGAACGUAUUCAUGGUUGGCCACGUGAAUGUUCUCAUUUUUUGUACACAAAUGCGUGUUACACACGCGGUGAAAUGGGGAAAAUGCUAAUAUACGUCCGUCCCAGCUUCUGCACAGUGCUUUGGUUGUAAGUGGGAUAAGCUUGCAGCGUGUCGUGCCGAAUGCUACGCGCAACGUGGUGACAAAACUCUUGAAAACCUUUUGGCGGUUCACUCAUAUACGCUGAACCGCCCGCGGGUGUGGAUAUCCAUAUGUAUUCCACGCGACGAUACCGUGUUUACCACAUUCGGUUUUGGCAAGAAUAAUGCACGCCUGCAGACGGCGUGGACGAGACUUGGGGACGUGCUUGACAGUCACGAGUCCGUCGCGAAUGAACAAACGUAACGAUGAAUUCAAUAAAGAACGCUCUUCAAUAUCUGAACCAGACCUAAUAUCCAUUUACUGGGUCAAGUGAUUUCAAGUGUGGA